AUGGCAGCUUACUUGAGCCGGUUACACCACAUUUCGCUCCAUGUUUCUAACGUUGAAAAAAUUGCUAACGACCUCGUGUCCAAGUUCAGAUUUAAUUUAUUCGCUACGAGACUAACCGACAAGUCCAGGCAGCUCGCUUUCAGAAAAGGAAAGGCGGUUUUCGUCGUGAAUGAGAGACCAAACCAGAUUGAUGUAAGGUUGAAUGAGGAACUAGACGGCAUCACAAACAGAUACUCAGUUUACCCACAUCGGGUAAACGCUGGAAAACACAACCAGGUUAACGCUGCGAAAUGUCUGUACGAUGUGAGCCCGCAUUUCCCGGUGGAUACUGUAAGUAACGUGUGUUUCGAAGUGGAGGAUGUGGAAAGGUCAUUCAAAACUCUACGCCAUAUGGGCUGCAAUUUCCUGGUUCCUCCCACCACAGUGCAGGACGAGAGUGGUCAUGUCACCUACUCUGUGGUUAAAUCUAUUGUGGGAAAUGUAUGUCACACACUCAUUGACAGGACAAAAUAUGAGGGGAGCUUCCUGCCUGGGUUUGAUGUCAUUGAACAAGACAGCAACUUGGCUGGAGAAGAUGCAUCUUGCCCAAUCACUCAUUUUGAUCACGUAACUUAUGCCUGCCCGAGGAAAACAACCCACCAGGUGAUGAGGUGGUACGAGAAGCUCUUUGGUUUUCAAAGGUUUUUGAUUGAUAGCAAUGAAGAUGCAGAUGAAGGUUUUGUUAUAGACCAGGAUGGUAUUGGUCUACGUCUCACCGCCAUGGAGUAUUGGAAAUGCAGCAAGGCAGGCAUCGCUCUCCCCUCUGUGGACAAAAAAGAGCCUGACUGCAAGUUUGUCAUUGCAGAAUCACUGCCUGAACAAGGCAGGAAUCAGGUGGACACCUUCUUGGAGAAGCACAGGGCACCAGGGAUCCAACACAUUGGGCUGUACACAAAAAACAUUGUCUCCACUGCACAUGUGAUGGCUGAAGCUGGGGUCCAGUUCUUCUCACCACCUUUCGCCUACUACACUGAGGUGGGAAAACAACAAGAGAUAGAGGAGGCAGAACACAACCCCAAGAUGCUUUCACAGUAUGGCAUCCUCCUGGACACUGACCUCCACCCGAAUCCCUCAUCAGAGACAACAUCCAGUGAAAGCAAAAGGUACCUUCUCCAGGUGUUCACCAAACCCAUCUUUUCAGAGGACACCUUCUUCCUGGAGCUGAUCGAGCGAAGAGGAGCAACGGGUUUCGGUGAGGGGAACAUCAGGGCGCUGUGGAGGUCGGUGCAGGCGCACAUGGAGAGAGAGAAGGGUGAAAUUCAAGUAGCGGGAUCCUCAAAAACUGUGCAAACUGCUCAAUAUUAGCCACUCCGACUACUUUUAACAAAGGUUAUUUAAUUUCAUGUUUUUUUACAUAACUUGAGAGCACUUAAACAAGAAAAUGAUCUAGAAUGUAAAAAUGAUUCAACUUAUUUGCUAAAAAGUUUACCACAAGUGCUCUGAAUUUCAGUUGUUGAUUUAGUGAUACACAACCUACAUGUUGCACUGCAAAGCAAACAACAAACUGUUAUAAUAUAUAUAAUCAAAGCUAUAAUCCAUCCAUUUAUAAUAGCUAUAGUAUUAUAUAGCUUUGAACAGAUAAACAUUUAAUCGCACUGUGAACAAGCUGGUGCUUACCAGACAUAUAACUGUACUUGAAAUGUUAACUCAAAAAUACUCUGUAAACAGCAGAAAGAGUGUCUUUGUUUUGUAACUGUGUCAAAGUAAAGCGACUGACUGACUCCUGAGCAACUGUUCUUA